CUCGUAUACAUACCUGUACUCGAACCUCCAAAUAUAAAUCACUUUAUGCGAAAUGGUGGCCAGCGGUAACGAUGACGGCAGCAGUGAAUCGAAUGUACAGGUGUCUGUGCGAUGUCGAGGUAGAAGUGAAAGUGAGAAGAAAGGGGGUCACACCAACGUAGUCAAAUGCAAUGCGCGAGUGAACAACACUGUGGACGUGCUGUGCCCAAACGCACUCACAGCCACCUUUGCAUUCGAUCAGGUGUUCGGACCAAAUACAGCACAGGUAUGUAUUUUUGUGGAC